UACCAAUAUACAUUUUUACCCAUCAUGGAGAUGCUUGCCUGUUGUUUGGUAACCACAUUCAGCCAACUGUUAAUGUCAAAAAGAGAUUUAGAAGGAACUAACUUCUAACCACAGGACAGGUAAACAUCCAGUUUUCUGUAACAUAAACUGCAUUUUUUUCUUGCAUAUUAACUGUGAAUGAAGGAGAGAUGCUGAUGAAGAAACAACUUUCCUUUUGCUGCUAUAAUGCAAGUGCUAACAGGAACCAAUAUGCUUGGCGGAGACAUUCCCCAACAAUAACCCAAUACAAUAAAAAUAUUUUGAAAAGACUCAUGGUAUUGAAAAGACACAUGGCAUUUUCCCCCUCACAAUUUUAGGAUUAAAAGCCCUACGUGCCAUACACUAUGUGGACAAAAGUUUCAAUCAGGCCCCUUAAGUAAAGAUCAAUCUUAAUGCUUCAGCACACCAAGACAUCUUAGACAAUGCAAUGCUUCCAACAGUUUGGAGAAGGCCCUUUUCUAUUUCAACAUGACUGUGCCCAAAUGCACAACGCAAUGACUUUAUAGACAUGGUUUGAUGAGUUCAGUGGGAAAGAACUAGACCGACCGACACAGAGCCCUGACCUCAACCCCAUCAAGCACCUUUGGGAUGACCUGGAACGGAAAUUGCGAGCCAGGCCUACUCCACCAACAUCAGUGCCUGACCUCAUAAAUGCUCUACAGAAUGAAUGGGCACAAAUUCUCUCAGAAAUGCUCAAAGAUUUGUGGACAGCCUUCCAAGAGUAGAAGCUGUUAUGGCUGCAAAAAAGAGGGGGAUGGUGAAACCACUCCAUAUUAGAGUUAUAAUAAGUAUAUGUAAUUGGAUACAAUGUCUUUGCAGGUCUGGCCAAAUACUUUUGUCCAUCUAGUGCAUGUCGCAGGGAAAUUUUCCUAAUUUGUUUUAUAUCAAUUUGUUCAAGAAAUGGAGGUUAAAUACUGUAUAAAACAUGAGAACAUGGGCUCUUAUGGGCUUCACAAAAAAUUAUGCCUUUAUGCAAACUGUUGUAAUACAAGAUUGAACAGAGACAUCCUGUUAUUCUAGAGUAUGAAUUACAACCGUAAUUAUCAAUAAAAUAACAGAAAAUGAAGUAGAUAUUUUCAUCACCUAGCUGGUUUAAAAUGUAGACUCAAUACAAACUAAACCUACAAACUUAACUUUAAAACCUUAACUGAUUACCAAAGACCAAACUUGCAAAACAUGUUAAGCAGGCUCCUCAGAAACACACAGUGUAUAUUCAAAAGUAAAGACACAAUGUUAAAUGUUUAAUAUAAAACUCUGAGGUAGAAAGAAGAAAGUUUAGUAAGAACCUUAUCUUGUAAAUAGGUGACUUUGCAUUUUAAGCCUUAUGGUCAGGGGAAAAAAAGCAUAAUGUGGUCUUGGUUCGGCCUUAAAAUAAUUAUCUUAUUGCUAUUUACUGUUUUAGGUAGAACAUAAGAGUCUAAACCUUAUUAGAGAAAUAAUAAGGUUUUUAGAAGUCUUAGAAGUACACAAGGAAAUUACAUUUGCUGGAAAUUAAAAAUGUUGCAAAAGUCACCCAGACAAAACCAUCAUAAUCAACAUAAUCACAAGGUGAAUAAAAUUCUAUUCCAAAAAACAAACCCAGUGUUGCAUAGAAACAACCGUUGAAAACGUUAUAUCACUGUGUUUAUUUCCGCUUUGGUAAACAAACCCGCGUUAAUAUUGGUGUUGUUAGCGUAUAAAGUCGAACUUAGCACUGACUGUAUAAAGACCAUUCAGCAAAUUGUAAGUUAUAACACUGCAGAAUGAAAAAUACAUACACACACACACAGACUAAAACUGCCUGUAUGUUUGUGACAGAAAUCAGCUAGCAAGUGUGUGGAGCAGGCUAGGCUAAUAACCUUGUAGCAGGGACGCGCGUGCAGGAGCCAUGUUACGAAAAAGCUAAAAACUCGUCAGGUUUAUACAUAGAGAGAGAGAGAGAGAGAGAGAGAGAGAAGCAGACAGACGAAACUGUCAGUGCGCUUUUCAGAAACUCACCAAAUUCUGCAGGCUGCUCUCGGUGUUACCGACUUUAUAGGAUGUGUCUUGUUUUAAAUCGCCUUGCCUUGCCGUGUAGAAGCCAAUCCCUUCUCAGAGUUUUGAUCAGAAAGCAGCACACGUGCACCGAUUCAGGUCCCUAUGGCCAAUUAUAUCCAAGUCAUAUCCAGACGAAUCCCAUACAGAAAGCCCUGCUGGCCGUGGGGUCAGGAGUGGCUGCUCUGCAAUAUCCUUAUAGACACGAUAUGGUCGCAGUGCUUGGCGAAACUACUGGACAUCUUGCUUUGUUAAAACUAAAGCACAGAAUGAGCAACAAUCCUGAAGGUUACGUCGUUCUCACGGAGCGUCCAAGGAUACGCCUAUCCACGCUGGACCUUUCUUGGAUGUCAACACUUCCAGACGGCUCAUUGGGGAGGGAAUAUAUGCGUUUCCUGGAACAAAAUGACGUCACACCAGAGACACGUGCAGAUGUUAAAUUUGUUGAUAACGAAGAGCUAGCUUAUGUCAUGCAGCGCUACAGAGAAGUUCAUGAUUUAGUACAUACAAUACUAGGGAUGCCUACUAAUAUGCUUGGAGAAGUAGCUGUUAAAUUGUUCGAGGCUGCUCAAACAGGCCUGCCCAUGUGCAUCAUGGGAUCGGUACUUGGUCCACUUCGGCUAUCAAAGAGUCGUAUGAAGAAGCUGGUGACGUCUUUAGGGCCUUGGGCAUUGCGGAGCGGCAGUCGAGCACGCUGCACGAUGAGUAUUUUCUACGAGCGUCGCUGGGAGCAGAACCUGGAGGAACUCCGAGCAGAGUUGAACAUUGAACCGCCACCUCUUAUCCUGCCUACAAACAACAAGAAACCAGCCUCAGAAUCCUAGCAGAGUUUCAUACUUAACCAUUUAAUGCCUGAACAAUUACUGUUUGAGCAAAGGAUAUCCAUGAAGCAGUUGUGGACGUGUGUGACGGUUAUCAUACAAAUCUCUUACUCAGUGUUUUCAUCAUUGAUCAUUCAUUCUGAGACAUGAGAUUAUGGUGAUUGGCUGAUUUCAGCAUGCUUUGGUCUUAGAUAUACUAAUGUGACGAUGAUGGAAAAAUCAAAUCGGGUGACGGGUACACAUGAUUCACUGAUAACAUGGCACGGUACAAAAUAUUCCUUUUACAGUCACUUUUUCUGGAUGAGGAAGGAAAAUGAGAACCUGUGGUUAGAUAAGCAGAAUAAUUUUCAUAGACUGUAUGUAUGAAGUUCUAUGAAUUGUGAGCAAACGAUUUAUUAUGGAUUCCAUCAGCUGAACUGGGACAUGUUGAAAAAUUAUAUAAAGUCCCAAAAAAGGGAGCUUUAUCUUA